CUGCUAUCUCCAACACCACCUCUGCCGCAUUGGUUGAGAGGAGGAAGAAGAAGAAGAAGAAAGAUCGGUUCUUGGUUUGAGAAUUCAAUAGCGGUUUCUUCUGUAACUUCAUUCAUAUUUCCCAAAUCAACCUCUUCGUCUUCUCCUACCAGACAGAAACUCUCUCUGCUUUCAUUGUACACACUCCUUCUUCCUUUCUGUGUCUCCCUCUCGGAUUCGUCGAUUUGUUUGCAUAAGACAAUGCUCGGAACACAUGUGUUGCAGAAUCAUUACCAUGUUCCGAGCUCUUCCUCCAUCAAUGUAGACGCAGAUAAGAUGGCGCCGAAGCAGAAGAUUAGGAUCAAGCUUAGAUCAUACUGGGUGCCUCUCAUUGAGGACUCAUGCAAGCAGAUACUUGACGCUGCGAGGAACACCAAUGCCAAGACUAUGAGUCCUUCUCCAUUGCCGACCAAGAAGCGUAUCUACUGUGUUCUCAAGUCUCCCCACGUUCACAAGGAUGCAAGGUUUCACUUUGAGAUCCGGACUCACCAGCGGAUGAUUGAUAUUCUCUACCCUACUGCUCAAACCAUCGACUCCUUGAUGCAGCUGGAUCUUCCUGCUGGUGUUGAUGUGGAGGUGAAUCUCUGAAGAUCAACCGUAACUUUCUUUACAGUGGUGAUGGGCACUUGCAUUUCAUGAACAGACUGUUUCAGAUCAACCACACUGCUUAGAACUUGUAAGCCUUGUAUUUUGAGAUCCCCUGUAAUGAAUAUUCUAUGGUUCUUGUUCUUAAAUGAUGAACAAAUCAGCAAGUAAGCAAGUUCAAAGGAAUCCUUUUUUUGUAUGUGUGUUUACUAAUUGUUUUGCUGUCAACUGUUAUAAAUAAGUUCAAUGUAUUUUA